CUUCAGACAAAUAUACAUCAGUUGAUAGCCACAUAAUAUAACUUGCUAAUGCAAGAACUAAAUCGUACAAUGUUUCUGAAUAGCAUUAACAAUUUAAGGCCUGCUAUUUAUUCAUCACUAUCUAAUUCAACCCAUUUACAUGGGUACAAGAACAUCGAUUCUUCUUACCGAAACUUAAUCUGCAAUUUAUCAUUCUACAAAUUCAAAUCCGAUGAUAAUACAAGCACCCCAACAUGUAAAACAUUAUGUUGCAGGGCAAGGAGAAGAGUACGAUACGACGAAGAAGAUGAUGAAAGUUAUGGUUACAAUGAAGAAAUAGCUAUACUGGAAAUGUAUAGUCAGUCAGCCAGAGGAGAAGCUCUGCUUGUGACAGCUAUGGUUGAUGAUCAACAAGUAGAAGUUCUCAUCUUUAAGGGAUUUUCUUCAUGCUUGAGUUAUGGGACAUCUCCAGAUCCAUCAAAAAGUGUUCUUCCAAAAAGAGCAAGAAUUAUGUUAAUAGACAGGAUUAAGGGUCCUUUCAACCCCAACAAUAUUGAGUACAUAGAGAAAGGUUUGACAUGGGAGACAUUUAAAAGUGGUUUUGCUUCUACUAAAAACUAAUGAAUAAACUUCAUUAUUCUUCAAUUAGUGUUUCCCAAGAUUUGAUUCACAUCUUGAUCUUUUCUUCUUGAGAUCUCGAGCUCUUUAGGUAAAGCCCAAUAAAUCUAGCUAUUACAAGAAUAAAAUUUCAGAGAUACAUGCACAUGCUCUCUUUGUUCGGAAUUUAUUGUCAUAUUAAAAGUAUAAUUUGAAUUAUAUGACAAAUAAAUAUACUCAAUCUAGCUAGAUAGCUUUUAUUGAUAUAUUUCCUGAAUCCAAAUUUUAUAUAAAAUCGGAUCAAU